CAAUGAACUCACUACUUAAAUUUAAUAAAAUAAUUUACUCACCUUUAUUGUUCUUCUUCCUGGUCCUGUGCAUUAUUAUAACCACUGACAGAACCGUCAUUGCAUCAACACCACUUUCACAUCCAAAAUUUUUUUUAUCCUGUCGAGUGAUUGCUGGAAUUUGUCAAGGUGACAUUCGUUGUCUUGAAGAAAUGAGCACUCGUUUUACUAACUGCUAUUUGGAGAGUUUAUUAGAGAGGGGUGGUGACGCCUUUGGACGAGAACUUGAAUUUGAUGACGGACCAAUUGUAAGGAAACGGGUGCCUGAUAAAAGAGCACCUGCAUUCAAACUAAUGAAGGUUUUGAUGAUGAAAGAUCGGGUAAGCUUCGAGGCUCAUAUUAGAAAAAUAAAAACAAAUACCUAUACCCGUCUCUGAUUCAGGAACCAAAAUAUCGGUUGUAGUAAGACACAAGGGUGAACCACACA